AUGUCUGCCCCCAGCGCCCUCUCCAAGAACGCCUACCAGAGCGACUCCGAUUCUGAGCGUGGUGGCAAGAGCCAGUUCGUCGUUCCCCUGCCCACCGCCACUGGCCUCUCCAAGCCCGCUGGCCAGCUCCUCAAGGGUCCCACCGAUGAGAACGGCAAGAACACCUCCGCUGCUCUCCUUGUCGGCAUCAAGCUCGACCUUGAAGCUGAGGUCCACCUGACUGCCCGCGUCAAGGGUGAUAUCUGCGUCGGCCUUUACUAG